AUGACCGACUCAAUCAUUCUGUCGUUGACCGACCAAAUUAGACAGGAGAUCUCUGGUGAGGCUGUCUCUCCUGGCCACCAACAUGCUCGGCUUCUUCAACUCGCCGAUGAGUUGAAAUUGGCCAUCGAGACCCCCACCGAGACCGUUCUCCGUUUGAUCUACCAGCCCCCAGAAAAUGCUGCUCUGCGCACCGUUGUAGAUAUGGGGAUCUUCCCACUCUUGAUCAGAGACGGCCAGAAGAAUGGCCUUACUGCGACGGAUAUAGCUCUCUGUACUGGAGCAGACAGAGCAUUGAUCGUUCGCCUGAUGAGAGUGAUGAGCGCCCUCGGUCUAUGCACAAACAUCGAGCCAGAAGUCUACCGACCCAAUGAGAAGACUAUCACAAUGACGCAGCCCAUAGGCCAAGAUGGAGUCCCUUGCAUCAAGCUCCCAGAGUACCUCCGAGAGCACAGCUAUAGCAACCCCGAAGAAUAUGCCUCAUCUCCCAUGCAAUGGGCCGUUGGACAGAGCCAGUUUGAGUGGCUUGCCAAGAAUAAACGCCACCAAGCUCUCUUCAACUCAUACAUGUCCAGUCGACGAGAAGGAAAACCCAAUUGGUUUGACGUCUACCCCCUGGACAGACUAACAGACGGGGCAAGUGCCCACCCGGAAGCUGUAUUCCUGGUUGACAUUGGCGGGAACCAAGGUCAUGAUCUCGGGAAGUUUGUCUCCGAGUACAGACCGAAGCCGGGCCGACUUAUCCUACAGGAUCUGCCUAAGAUUGUUUCAACAGUUGACCGAACUGGAAUUGAGACAAUGGGAUACAGUUUUCUGGACCCACAGCCCGUGAAAAAUGCACGCGCAUAUUACUUCCGGGCUAUUUUCCACGACUGGCCAGACCACAUUUGCCAGAAGAUUCUCUUGAACACAGCUGCAGCUAUGGACCCCACGUACUCGCGCAUCAUCAUUGUGGACUUUGUUCUCCCUGACACCAAUGCGGGACGAAUGCAGUCUGCAAUGGAUAUCCAAAUGAUGAGCAUUGGUGCGGGAGUGGAGAGAUCGAAGCGUCAGUGGACUGAGCUUUUGGCUAGUGUUGGGCUGAUGAUCAGCGGAAUCUGGAACUCGAGUCCAGGAAUGGAGUCGAUCAUCGAGGUUGUUCCCGCUCUUGGCGCGUCCGUGAGUGAGCUUGAUUAA